AUGCCCAGGAAGCUGCUGCUGCUGCCCCCGCUGUCCGCGUGCUCAGCUCUGCGCGUCCCGCGGGCCCGGCCCGCCGCCUCGCCGGCCAUGAACGCCGCCCGCACCGGCUACCGAGUGUUCUCGGCCAACUCCACGGCCGCCUGCACGGAGCUGGCCAAGCGCAUCACUGAGCGUCUUGGUGCUGAAUUGGGGAAGUCUGUUGUAUAUCAGGAGACCAAUGGAGAAACAAGAGUUGAAAUCAAAGAGUCUGUUCGUGGCCAAGAUAUUUUCAUUAUACAGACAAUACCCAGAGACGUGAACACGGCUGUGAUGGAACUGCUGAUCAUGGCGUAUGCACUGAAGACUGCCUGCGCCAGGAAUAUCAUCGGCGUCAUCCCCUACUUCCCCUACAGCAAGCAAAGCAAGAUGAGGAAGAGGGGCUCCAUUGUGUGCAAGCUCCUGGCAUCCAUGCUGGCAAAAGCUGGUCUAACUCACAUUAUCACUAUGGAUCUUCACCAAAAGGAGAUACAAGGCUUUUUCAGCUUUCCCGUGGACAACCUUAGAGCCUCACCUUUCCUGCUUCAGUAUAUCCAGGAAGAAAUUCCAAAUUACAGAAAUGCCGUCAUUGUAGCUAAAUCUCCUGAUGCUGCAAAGAGGGCUCAGUCCUAUGCUGAGAGACUCCGCCUGGGGCUGGCUGUGAUCCACGGAGAGGCUCAGUGUACAGAGCUCGACAUGGAUGACGGUCGGCACUCGCCCCCCAUGGUCAAGAACGCCACCGUGCACCCAGGCCUGGAGCUCCCGCUGAUGAUGGCCAAAGAGAAGCCACCAAUCACAGUGGUCGGAGACGUCGGGGGACGCAUUGCAAUUAUAGUGGAUGACAUCAUUGAUGAUGUGGAGAGCUUCGUUGCGGCUGCGGAGAUCCUGAAAGAGAGGGGUGCUUACAAGAUCUAUGUCAUGGCCACGCACGGCAUCCUGUCCGCUGAAGCCCCCCGGCUGAUCGAGGAAUCCCCCGUUGACGAGGUGGUGGUGACGAACACUGUCCCUCAUGAGCUUCAGAAGCUACAGUGUCCCAAGAUAAAGACUGUGGACAUCAGCUUGAUUCUUUCUGAGGCGAUUCGAAGAAUCCAUAACGGCGAGUCCAUGGCGUACCUUUUCCGGAACAUCACGGUGGAUGACUAGCUCAGAGCUGCCCUGACCUGCAGAGGACGACAUACACAGCGGCGUGUCAGCCUGCAAGUGUGCUGCAGUUAGGGAGUCUACCAGGCUGCUGAGUCCCUUCCUCCCCAUCGGCAGAACGCAGUACCUACCGGGAACAUGUUCUGCUGAAGAAGCAGGCAUCCAGUUGUAGACGGUUAACACCAUGCAGCCGACUGUGACUGAGUACGUGACACGGCCCUCCUGUCCCUGUCAUCAGCCUUGCUCCUUAUUUCUGAGCAGUUCCCAUGCCAGUUUGUUCACUAGUGUCUGCUCUGGGAAGGUAGGUGAAGCAUUGAGCUUAGUCAGGGAGCUGAGUGGCCCUGGCACUGACGUAUGCAGUGUCCUCUCCCUGGACAAGGUCAACUAAGUCUGUCAUAUAGAGAAUCACUUUUCUUUCAGAAACUGCUGUGCCUGCUGCCAUUGAACAGCGGAGUGUCCCUGCCCACCCUCACUGAGCUAGUCAGAUGAGAGAGUAGCACCCUGUCCCUCAGAACUGUGUCACUUGGAAGCUGCGAAUAAAAGUUUCUUGUCUCCCUCGU